GCUUCCAAAUGUCAUUCCUGUGAACAAGAAGAACAACAAAAAACGGACUGUAAUCGUUGGGAACGGGCACUUCACUUGGUUAUGAUGGAGGCAACUAAUCGCAUUGAAAAAAAAGUAGAACCCAACCAACACCUUUUAACGAGUGCAGAACGCACAAUGCUUCGCAUGGCGUUUAAACAAGUUCAAGGUUGCAGUCGACAGAAAAACACACCGGUACCACCACCACCACUUCCUCCGCCCCCCACGACCCAGAAGAGACCAAGUGAAAUUUCAAACCCCUUACGACGGCAGCAACGGCAAAAACAACAACAACAAAGUGUCAGAAAAGAAAUUGGCCAAGCAUGA